AUGCAUUCAAGUUGUAGUUCAGUGACUCCAGUCUACUACACAAUGGCUACCCCAAGAACAUUUGCUUCCCUCUCCCUCACACUCGCCCUCGCCCUCGCCCUCGCUCUUCUCCUUGUGGUGGCUCCUCUUUGCUCUAUGGCCGGCAACAUACUUUACGGUAGUAAUUCACUUGGGCCAGGGCAAUCCCUGGCCUAUGGGAGCUUUAAGCUUGUUAUGAAGGAGGACUGCAACUUGGUGUUGUAUGAUAUUUGCAACACCGUCUGGGCCACCAACACUAGUGGCCGUGGCACAAAUUGCUACCUUGCUUUCAGGAGUAACGGCAAUUUGGUAAUUCAGAAUAGCAACGGCCAAACCGUGUGGGCUACCAACCAAAGCGGGGGACAAGGCAACUACGUUUUCAUCCUUCAGAAAGAUCGCAACCUCGCAGUUUAUGGACCGGCAACAUGGCAGACCAAAACUAGCUUGGCAGGCUCUGAUGGUCUCCUCAUUGACAGUAAUGACACCAUCUUUGGUGCUCUGCCUGCUAAUAAAAACACCGAAGAAGCCAAGGCUACAAGGAUUUCCAUGGUCGUCGAUAAGUGA